AUGGUCAUUAGAAUUUUUCUCAUCUUGUUCUUUAUCUGCGCAAUCUCAGUCUAUGGAUUAUCAGAUAAGAACAUAAAUCAAAGGAAAGCAAAAUUGAUUGAAAUCUUUAACCAAGAUGCAGCUCAUCACAGCCACAGCAGUUCCUGGGAAUCUCGAGAACGAAAAAGAAUUCAACGAAUGGGAUAUUAUGACUACUGUGCAGCAUAUCCAUAUAGAGAUGUUUGCAGAUAUCCUAGUCGUUACGCCAACAGAUAUAAUUCUUAUAGAUAUCCAGCAAAUAGAUAUCCAGCAAAUAGAUAUCCAGCAAAUAGAUAUCCGUAUCGUUAUUAUACAACUCCAAUGCCAUUUCCUUUUAAUCUUUUUGGUAAAAACUUAAGUUUCAGUGAAAAGAAAAGUCAUUUGAUAAAAGUUUUGCAAACGGAUGUUGGACAUAGAAGUAGCUAUUCAUAUCAUAGACAUCAUCAUCACCAUCAUCAUCAUAGUGAAAGUGCAUCAGUUGAGGAUAAGGAAGUCACGAAACGAUUGAUGUUAGCAGCUCUUUAUGCAAGGUCUAAUAAGCGAUAUUACAAUGAAUAUCCAGGUGCUUAUCAACCUUACAAUCAACUUCCAUAUGGAUAUUCGUAUUAUACAACUAGAAACCCAAUUUUUGGAUACUAAGAUCAUAUAAGGCAGUACUUAAUAUUUUGAACACAACAUUAGAUCAUAAAUUUUAAGGUCUACCAGAGAAACCAAGCUGUGCAUUUGAUGUUACACGUUAGCAUGUUAUUGUUAAAACUUUUAAUUCAAACUUUUAAUAAAAAUAAAAAAUAUAAAACUUUAAAAAAUUUGUCUUGAACUUUAUUUAAAUUUAAUUAAAUUUUCAACAUUGCUGCUUGAUCUUG